UCGCUCUGGAAGAAAAAAGGCACAACGUUGAAUGACGAUUUUGGAACGACAACACGUAAUUUAGAUCAACUAGGAUUAUGAUAGUGAGGGACUGGAUGAUAUUUAAAUUGUACUCAGGUUAGCAUGUCAGCGUUUAUUAUCUUUUAACCUACUUGCAAAUCUCCUUAGCAACGCUCCUUGGAUACCGACAAGUGGAGUCAGGAAGCGCGCGUCUCGAAAACGGAAACAACAACAACAACAAAAUUGUCACCGCAUCAAAUGUGUGCUGUUCAAAGCAGGGUGGAAGUGUGCCGAGCUGUCGGACGAUGAAGAUAUGAGUGUGCCUUCUGGAGCAGCUGCAAGCAAAGUGGACAAAGCAGGAAGUUCCCACAAGAAUGGCAAAUUGAAGACCAGUAUUCCGCAUUCGCAACUCCAAUUCCAGGACAGUGCUUUGUCUCCGGCGCUCGCCCUGUUUCCCGCGAACACCGCCGAAGAAGCCAGUGUGACGGACGACUCUCUUUUCCAGAAAAGUCAUGUGGAAUUUUUGCCUUUGAGCGCAAGUCUCGACUUUUCUGCAAGACAGGACUCUGAUGACUGCUCCUUGUCUCAGCACCCUCUAGCCCAGGAGACCCUGACCUCCGAGGGCGAGAGUACUUUAACGCAGCGGGAAGCGGACACAGUUGGCGCCAAGGAGUUGUAUGAAGAGCUGGUGUCCCAGAGCAACACAUCCACUUCACAAAUGGCCCAAAGCGGGCCCAGCGCCCCGGGAUCAGAGCGUGACGGUGCCGAGACGUCCUGCCUGGGUGUUCAAGAAGCCAAGCCCUCCAGCGACCUGUCGCUGGAUUCGGGGGUGACGGCUAAUUCCAAGGUGGGAGCUUCGUCUUCUGUUGUCAGUUUGGAGGUGGACGACUACGCUCCCUGCUGGACCUCACGGCCCGCCUCACCGUCCAAACAGGCAGAGCUCAACAUCGAGGACAGGAUUCCAUUGUAUCUCAAAAACCUCGGUAUUGAUCAGUCGCCCGCCGACAUCUUGACCCCGUUUGCGCCCAGGGGACCGAUCAGGGAGCCCGAAUUCUCACCCACUGAUCUCAGCACCAUCAAGGAUUCUGCCGGGGGGACGCCGAUGAAGAGCGUCACAUCAUCAGAAGCUUGCAGCCCUCUGAGAGCCGGGAUUUCCGAAUCCAGUACAUUAUCGUUCAGCCAGGACGCUUUCCAGGAAGUGCCAUCACUUGUGGGACAGACUGUGACAUCAUCAUCAUCAUCACCACCAACCAACACCCACCAGCUUGCCCCCAGUUCCCACAAAGACCCCCGUUGUGAUAUUUCAGGUCUCCGUGCUCGCUCCUCGCUCUUUGUGCUCCGAUCGCCGUCUUGUUUGGAGAAACCCCAAGAAAGUCCCACCCAGCCGGCCCGCGUGAGCUCCCUCACCGUCGCCCCGCCCGCCGUCGGGAUCCAGGACAGAUUUUCGCCUCGACGGGCUGAGCCGGAAGGCUGCAGCGCCGCCUGUCAGACGCCUCUCGCCGUCAGACCAUCGCCGGCUGUGGAUGAGCAGGAGCCCGUUGCUCUUCCUGCACACGCGCCUGAUGAGCGGGACGAGGCUUUGCUGCCGGACGAUCUCGAGACGCUUCCUGAAGACUCAGAGGAUCAGUCGGCGAUGAGCGACGACAGCGGUCAGAGUUCGCUAACGGUUAGGGUGGCCAAGCUUCUGCGGAGUGGGUCGCAGGCUGAACACAUCUCGGACCAGGCGGACCCAAAACACAAAAAGGACUUCAUCCUGAGUCUGUCGGAAGGCCGCUUCGACUCGUUGCAGUUGGACCAAGAGGAUCGGCGACGCAUUGAAGAGAUCAAGGCGGCGAUGCUCUCCAACCACUUUGUCACGAGUGAGAGCAGCACAGACACAGAGACCACGGCGGCAUCCAGCGUGGCGGCGGCACGGACUUCGCUUUCGGACCUAGCAGGCACGUGGGCGCCUUCCUCCCUCGCGGACUCCGAGCAAACUGUCCCGCAAGGGCGCGACGGCGUCAAGGCGCACACGUCCAUCACCAUUGCUGCCCAUAAGCGCCCCGCUGCCUCCUCCCCGCUGCCACCUGAGCACCUCCCGCCGGCCCAGCUGGACAUGAGGAAUGCUGUGGACAGGAAGUCACCGUUGGCGGUAGACGGAAGCCAGAAUGCGAUCGAAGCGGAGUCGAGCACUGGCCUGGAGGAGCGGGACGGCAAGGAGGAGACGUCCCGGCAGCGGCGCGUGGCGGGGGACACCACCAUCCCCUUCGCUCAUGUGUCGCGCGCCCACCUCACCUUCUCGCCAAAAGCGCCCGAGGCAGCCCCCCGUGCCGCCUCUUCCUCCUCCUCGGCAGAUCUCCCCGGCAACAAGUUUGUUCCGCUGAGGCGCUCCUCACCCGCCGUCAGCAGCACAGACGAGGGCGUCGGCCCGUGCAGCCCCCCGCCCAAGUGGGAUGAACGCAGUCGCCAGACAUCUGCUCUACAUGCCCCGCCUCCUCCUCAUUGUCAUCAUCUUCAUCAUCCUCCUGCUCACUCUGUCACUACCAACACCAUGAGGAGCUACACACCUGAAACACCAGUCAGGGACGAGUGCGCCCCGCAUGUGUCGGCGCCAGCGCUGCGUCCGUACAAGCCCCGCAGCGCCGACCAGCUCUUCUUCAUGCCUCAGGCGGAUGCUGACGCCUCCUCCUCGUGCACCACCAUGGAGAGCUCACGCACAGGUUUUGACGACGCGGUGCCUCCGCUGUUCAGCCCCGAGGUUCUGGGCCAGCAGGACCCAGGCCUGGAUCGCGGCGUCACCAUUAAGCACGCUGAGGGCAUCUACAGCAAGAGGCGCAAUAAAGCACGUGCCACUGCACAGCCGCUGCCUCAGCACCCAGUAGGUGGCGCAGUGGAGUCAAAUGAAGGAUUUCCUCAUGCAAGCCAGCGCAACAGUGCCAUGAUGGAAUGCCUCAGAGCGGGAGGCGGAGUCCCGCGUGAAAUGGACCAAUCGCCACUCGUGCCCACAAGUAGGGAGGCGUGGCUAAUGGAGCAGCUGCAGCGCCUAGCUGAUCUCAUCCUCUCCCCUGGAGGCACCAAUGUGCCACCCGAGAGGAUGCUUUACGGCAGGACUGAGGCUUGGCCGCAGCGGCCGCGCGGUGCCUGUGCUCUUUGUCCUGCCGACAGAGACGAGUCCAGCACCACUACAUCAACGCUGGACACGGAUCGCCUCAUCCGGGCCUUUGGCGCCCACCGCGUCCAAAGCGCCAAGACCUCCAAGAGCUCUGGCCGCCUCCACAAACUCUAUAGGGAUGUGGCCAAGCAGCGGGAGCAGUGGGAGGGGCGGAGCUUCAACACCACUCACUUAGAAACCACCGGCACUGACCCAUCCAACGUGACGGGCGAGUCGUCGUCGACGGGCUCCUACGAAAAGACGCCACAGCGCAGAACCUCCAAGAAGCCCGUCAGCAGAGACAUCCAAGAAGGCGAGGUGGAGAUUGCGUGCAACAACAUGCUCCGUCGCACGCGAGAUGUGGGAACCAUGUUCCCGCCACCGGGGCGAGCGCGUUGGAGCUCGCAAAAAGGUCACAUGACCCCCCUCAAGCACAAGAAGACUCGAACGCCACCCAAAGCGGUGUGGUGGUUCAUCCCGUUGGACGACUCAUCCAAGGAGAAUGAGCCGGACGAGCUGGAAGCGGCGUCACCUGGGCCGAGUACCGUUUGGUACGACCACGGCAAAACGGCAAGAGAACCUCUGAAACCUCGACAACAACUCGACGACGACAAUGAAGUCACUCAUUGUGCGUCCUCCACAAGCGACCACCAAGUCACUUCUCUGCAGGAAGCGCUGGCCAUGCGACGGCCAGAUUUCAUCUUGCACUCACGUCAGCGCGUUCAAAUGUUGAAUUGGCGGAAAAUCAGCACAGGACUGCCAGGCAGCAGGAUGCCGAGGAGGGCGGUGCCCAAGAAGGAAAUGAUGCAGCGCACCAAACAGCUGUGUGAAGGACUUCCAGAGGUUCUCUGCAAGCUGGAGAUGGAGCGAAGGGCCGCGCAACUACGAUUAAACCGGCUCAACCUCCAGAUCUUCAAUAAGAGACUCAAUAAACGUCGCUUGGAGAACCGCAAGACUGUCCAAUAUGAAAAACUUUGGUGAUUUUAAACAUUGGGUUUUUAAAAAUAACACAACUUGUGAUGAUGAUGUCAUUUUUAGAAAUGUUGUAAUAAUAAAAUAUUCAAAAAGAAA